AUGUCGUAUAGCGAUGAUGACGGUGCCUUUGAUAUUUCGGCCGACGAAGAAGAUUAUAACUUUGAUUACGAUGACGAGUCUGGAGAAGGAGAAGAAGGAGGGGAUAUGGAUUUAGAAAAUGUGUAUUACAAUGCUAAAGCUUCUAAGGAUGAGGACUUGGACGCUGCUUAUGAGGGGUUUGAGCAGGUAGCCCAGAGCGAUGCAGAAGGCAGUGGCGACUGGCCGUUCAAGGCCAAAAAACAAAUGAUCAAAAUUCUUUUUGCCCAGGGCAAACGCGACCAAGUUCUUGAACAAUACACCAGGCUUUUGGAUUACUUGGGUGACAACAAACUGAGCAGUAGUUAUGCAGAGAAAUCUUUCACCAACAUGCUCGACUUGCUGACUGCUACUAAAAAGGGCAGUGGUGCCUCUGGGCAACAAUUGAAAAAAGGCCUUGAGUCUAGUAGUACUUCAUCGUUUGUUGAAAAAAUUUAUGUUACGACUCUUUCCAAACUGGUUGCAGUAAAGAACGAGAGAAUGUGGAUCAAGACUAACUUGAAGUUGGCUAAGCUAUAUUCUGAUCAGGGACAGGUUCAAAAAGCACUUGCUGUACUUGUUGAAACUCAAGAGCGAUGCAAAACCGGACGAACAGGACCUGCUGCUGAUGAAAACAAUUUAAAGUCUUCUUACUUGAUGGAAGUAUAUGCCCAGAUGAUUACAUUGUACUCUGGGAUUGGCGACUACAAAAAAAUGAAGGAGAUUUAUCGACAAACAGAAUCACUAAAGAGUGCAGUGCCACAUCCUCGUAUUUUAGGUGUCAUCAGUGAAGCAGGGGGCAAAAUGCAAAUGCGGGAAAAGCGAUACGAACUUGCACGGGAAGCAUUUUUCGACAGUUUUAAGAAUUACGAUGAAGCAGGUUCAUUACAACGAAUUGCCGUGCUCAAGUACUAUGUUGUUGCCUGCAUGCUGAGUGAGACGAAAAUCAAUCCCUUUGAGUCACAAGAAACACGACCAUACCGCAACGACCCUAAGAUUGCUGUGAUGGUGCAAUUGGUGGAAGCAUUUCAACGCAAUGAUCUUGAUGAGUUUCAAAAACUGUUCCGGGACCAAGGGAAUGCGGAAGAAAUUAUGGGGGAUCCAUUUAUUCGCGAGUUUUUGGGCGACAUUGAGUUUUCAGCUCAAGCCCUUGGUGUACUGCGGCUUGUGCGCCCAUACACUCGGAUCAAGUUUGCUAAAAUUGCAUCAGCACUUCAGAUCCCGGAAUCACUUGUAGUUGAGAUUCUGAAGAGUUUGGUUUUUACUUCAAAGCUGCCACUUGCGCGACUGGACUCGCGUGGGGAGUAUGUGGAGUUAAAUGCAGCAGCUGUGGACAUUAACCUUAACAGUCACUAUCAGUUAAUAGAACGACAAUCACGAAAUGGAAAUGACGAUAAUAAGGUGACUGAUUUGGCUCAGGCAAGGUUUAGCAUUGGCAAUGAAUCAGCUUUGGAUGGCUUGGAUGACAGUAAUAGUACAGUAACAGAUCGGGCGCCGUAUGUGGGCACUUCCGAUGGCGGUCUUGCGCCAUUGCUUGGUGUUUACCAACCUCCAGGCAGAACAUUGAUGCUUAAUACCAAAGCUCAACAAUCUGUGGAUGAAUUUGUUUCGUCACUUAGUGGUCCGUUGAUGUUAAAUUCAAGAAUUACAGAUGCAUUGGCCAAAAUAGCAGCCCCGGAGGCUGCGUCUCAAAUCAAGAGUAAUGUGCUGAAAGACUGUGUGAUCAAUGUUUCUCCAGGCUCAGCAAGAACCAAUGUGGUGUUUGAUAUUCCUCGGCGUUAUGUGCAAGCAGCCAUAAGCGAGGCAUCUGCUGGAACUACUAAGGAUAGUACUAAGGAUGGCAAUGGGAAUAGUAGUGCUGCGGGUAACGGCAAUGGGAAUGGUGGCGCUGCUGGAGCAGUGGGAGGUUCUGACGGCGAUGCUGGAGAAGGUCCAAGUUCUGGGGACAAAGUGUCUGGUUCGGGCGGCGAUGGGCUAUCUGGGUCUAUAGGAGGGGCUGGAGCUGGUAGCGGUGCAUUAAUGGAAGGAGGGUUUAGUUCAGGAGCUGUGGAUCCAAACAACCCCUUUGUUGGGCGGAUACAAUCUGGGAAACGGACUCUUGCACUUGUGGGAUGGGCGCGGGCCGUUGAGCGGCUACAACAGGCUACGGAGCGCGGCGAAGGGACGAUUCCAUGUGGGGAGAAAAUGAACAAGGGAUACGAGUGGCGUAUUGCGUCUGAAUUUUCUUCAAAUACCCUUCGUUCAUUUCUCACAACCAAUGGUCCAAAGAAAAUGAUGAUAACGGGGCCUGGUAGCUUAGCAGGCCAGGGGAAACAGGGCUUGUUGACGGCUUGUCAGCAAGCAGCAGCCGAAGCUUGGAAUUGA